AAUUAAUAUUUCCCAUUAUACAUAAUUAGCCGCACUCUCCCCCUGACAUUGUUCACGUGACAAAACAUUUUCAGCAAACAUCACUUUCAUCAUAGCUCUGUAAGUGGGAUAUUGGAUUCUUCGUAUCUAAAAUGGUUAUCGGAGCCGCAAUCAUUGGUAUUCUGGUUGGCCUGUGCUCUGUCCAUGCCGAUUCGUGUGGAAGAUACGGUAACUUCACCGGCAUCGUUUUUGAGUGCCGUCGAGAAGAAGGUGGAAUGCUUGUUUUAUCAGAGCUGUCUGCAUCGCAUUAUGGUGACGACACAGAGAUAACUAAGACAGACCUUGUGGAAGACAUCGAAGCUUAUUGCCGAAACGUAAUCCCAAAAUACAAGGAGUGUAUAUCUGGCUCAUCGGGUCUGCAGAAGUGUGGACUUCAGCGUAGCAAGAAAUUUGAAUCAUUGUUAUCAAUAUUAUGA